CUACACCAAGUUUCAGUCCAAACAGAUGGGAAGUUGGAGAUUUUAGGAGGCAGCCGGAGAAACUCUUCCCCUCUGAGGCCGUGACAUGUGACGACUGCUUGUUCAAACUCACUUUGACUGGUUCUGGUGUCACAAGCAGCAGAUUCUGGAAACUGCUAAGCUAUGAGAUUUGUUUCCUGUUAGAAAAACUACUUCUUCUACAGAAUUACAGCCACUAGAAGCAUCAUCUUUACUCCUCCUCUCUGUCCUCCCUAAGCAGAAUGGAAGGGUUGCCAUUGUGACGGGGGGCACCAGAGGAAUGGGUUUUGAGACAGCGAGACACCUGGCGAGUCUUGGCAUGCAUGUUGUCAUAGUUGGGAACGAGAGAGAGGAAGGAAAAGCAGCCGCCAGGAAGAUCCAGGAGGAGUGCAGCGAGGGGAAAGCCGAGUUUGUGUUUGUGGACCUGACCUCUUUGAAGUCUGUUCGACAGUUUGCUCAGACGUUCAAAGACAGAGGUCUUCCUCUCCACGUGCUGGUCAACAACGCCGGGACCAUGCUGGUUCCUGAGAGGCAGACGGAGGACGGCUUCGAGUUCCACUUCUGCCUGAACUACCUCAGCCACUUCCUGCUGACCAACCUGCUGCUGGACGUGCUGAAGAGGUUGGGAAGGCCGGGCUGCAGCUCCAGAGUGGUCAACAUGUCCUCAGCCACACACUAUGCUGGAGUUAUGCACAUGGACGACCUAAACAGGAGGGUCUGCUACAGCUCCCACGGCGCCUACGCCCAGAGCAAACUGGCUCUGGUGCUCUUCACCAACUACCUGCAGGAGCAGCUGACAGCCGGCGGCUUCCACGUCACCGUAAACGCCGUGGACCCCGGCAUGGUGGACACGGCGCUGUACGACAACCUCUGGACGCUCGCACAGAUGCUGAAGAGACCCGUUGCCAAGGUGCUGUUCAGGACUCCAGCAGAAGGAGCGUCCAUCUCCAUCUACGCUGCAGCUGCCUCGGAGAUGGAAGGCGUGGGCGGCUGUUACCUCUACAACGGCCUGAAGACGCAGUCCUCCGAGCUGUCCUACGACUCCGAGCUGCAGGCCAAGCUGUGGAAGAAAAGCUGCCAGCUGGUGGGUCUGCAGGAGGACUGAGACGGCCUCAUCUCGUCUGAAAGCCUUCAACCUCCUCCGUUCACACACAUACAUAGUUUUAAAUGAUUUCAUUUUAAUAGUAGGAGAAGAAGCCAGACUGGUCCCUGUUAUGGUGCCAUAUUCCUUCAGAUACUUUGGCUUUUUCUUCAAAAUAUGUAAGAAAAAUGUAAAAAGUCUUGUAGAAACCAUGAUUUUAAAAGGAGGCGUUUGGACUCGGGCCUUCACUUGGAGACAAGCGGGUUUGAUUGACAGCUGGAGGGUUGUGAGUUUGACCCGGACGCAUCAAAUUUAUUUCUAUCUGUAUUUAUAAAUUAAUAUAAAAUAAUGUUUCUUAUUGUUUUUCUUAUUAUGAUUUUAAAGUUUUUAAUCCAUAGUGCCUCUUCUGAAAACACAAGUUUUUAACUUUUUAUCAGAAAGUUAAACAGCUGAUGUUUUACGUAAAUAACGACGCUGGUGAUCAGAUAGGAUCGAUAACGUGUUUACACGGCAUCCUUCCAAUAAAAUGUCAACAUAUC